UUUUAUAAUGCUGUUCAGUUCGUGUCUCCUAUUAGCAUUCUCUCUUUUCUUUCCGAGAUUUUUUUGCUCCGUAUGCUUUUCUAGUAGAUACUCGAUCGAAAAUCUUUUUCCGCUUAUGCUGCUCAUUUUUGGUGGAUCUGGCUACUUUCAAAACAUGAUGGUCCUCCCUAUAUGAAGGUUACUGGUUGAAAAGAUUUGUGGAGUGUACGUGAAGAUCGCUCAUUCUUGAUGAAUCUUGCAGCUUACCAAACGUGAAAGUUUUCACUGUAUAAAGUUCACUGGUUAUAAAUAUUCAUAGAUUGGACGUGAAACAAUGCAGCUUACAAAUGAGAAGGCCCGACCUAUGAAGUUUACUGGUUAAAACAGCGGUGGCGUGAGGGAUGCGCAAUUUCCCAGUUCUAGGGGAAUGUUUUGUUCUAUGCACUCUCCAAGGCAGCAUCUCUGCUGAGUAAUUAUUGUGUAGGACUCUAAUGGAACACAUGAGGCAUUUACUUCGACACCAAACUCUGCAGAAGACUCUAAUGGAACACAUGAGGCAUGUACUCCAACACCAAACUCUGCAGAAGUGGAAACUUUGCUUGAUGCACACCCUUUUCGAAUGUUUUGAAUCGGAGAAGAGCUCUAUUGAAGCACCCUAUAUAGCAUGCCUUAGUCAACGAGUUUUUCCUGAAUAUGGUUCUCCUAGACGACAAACGAGUCUGCUUCUGAUAGAAGAUGAACAAGAUGACAAUGACACUCCUUACGACUGAUACUCUGUAUAAUGUUCCAAGAAUCUUUCUGUUUGUUGGAUGAUCAUUUCGAGUUGUCUCCUCUAUCUUCAUCACCUAGAUUAGUCGUUUACUAGAGAGUUGUCUGGUUAUGGACAUAUUCCUUUGCAAGAAAACCUUCAAGCUUGGAUUUAGAGGAUAGCUUAGGCGUAGUGACACUGUGCUAUCCAUGUUUAUGUACUCUGAUCAAAUUUGAAAUCAAAAGUUGCCAUUUUGAGCCACAUGUUGUAAUACUCUAGUUGUUUUCAAAUUUUACAAAGUAAU